AUUCCCGGUUGUCAUGUGACCGUGUGAUGUCAGGGAAAGAAAGAGAGCGACAGAGAGACAGAAAGCAAGGUGUAAUUUAGCCCCGCAGCUCACGCGCACUGAGCCGAGAGAGAGAAACCGAGACAACCAGACACACAUUCGCUCUUAUUGGCACUCGCCCUGCCUCGCUUGUGAAUACUUGCACACGUGCUUCGCGUGCACGGAUAACACCUGAGCACCGUGGCACACACACACAACAUUCAGGCACCACUUUAAGGAAAGGAUGCAUUUCUUUCUUUGAGCCCUUAUGUGCAAAGGACCUAAAUGACCCUUUGUGGAUACUAAAGGAGGUGGUGAAGAAGAAGGACCAGAACUACAGACAAGACCAACAGGGACUAAGAGCAGUAAAAGAAAAAAACUGCACAACGGUAAAGUAACCCUUGUCAUCUGACGCAGAGUGGCAGCAGUCUGGUGUUAUUGUUGGCUGCAGCGGGUGAAGACGACCUUCUUGUGGGCAUCAACCUGCAAACACUCUUAUGGCUGCCAACAACCCCGUUGUCUUGACCUCUUCCACCCUUUCUAGUCUAGGCUCUACGCACCAUGGUGGCUUGUACAACCCGGCCACCACUGCACCUGGGGGUAAGUCUGCUGAUUUCCUGGAGAAGGGAUCUAAAGUGACUACUGGUGCUGAGGAUGAGCUGAGAUUAGGGAGUGGCAGAACAUCCUCUGUAACUGUGGUAGGAACUUUGGAUCUAAGGUUACCUACUCUGAAGGUAGAAGAUGAUGAGUCUCUGCUGCCACCUUCCAGUCUAGUCUCUACGCACCAUGGUGGCUUAUAUGACCCGGCAACCACAGCACCUGGGGGGAAGUUUGCUGAUUUCCCGAAGGCGGGAUCCAAAGUUACUGGUACUAAAGAUGAGCUGAGAUUAGUGUGUGGCAGAACAUCCUCUGGUACCCUGGAUCAAAGGUCGCCUAUUCCGAAGGUAGAAGAUGAUGAGUCAUCAGGUGUUAUUAGACCAAAGGAUAAACCAGACGCAAGAUGGGAGAGGUUUUCACUAGGCAGUGCAGGACGAAGUCCCAGCAGCCCACUUUCUUCUUGUUCCACCACAUCAUUUGCAUUAGCCUCACCCGGAGAAUCAUUAAUAAACUCCACACUGGAACCUAACCCAGCACCAACCUCUAAUUUUGGCUCAAACUUUCAGCCAACCUCAAACUGGUCCUUUCCCUGUCGAGAUGAAGCCUACAAUCAACAAUCCAAGGAGGUAACACAAAGGAAGGGGACCAUUCUUCCUCCAAGACAGACCCCAUUGAACCACUCAUUUGAGGUGUGUGCCAGUUCAAAGAUCGGUGACAAUAAUGCCUGUUCUUCGGAAAUUCAAAACCAGAUUAAAGAUACAAGACUCAAGUCACCUUCAGAAGGGGACAUUUCUGGCAAACAACUUCCUGGCACCACUCCCUCAGUAGGAACACUAAACGGAAGUAAAAUGACUGUGUCUCCCAGCCUCUCGGAACUUCCUGCCUCAGCUGAGGGCGGCAGAUUGACGGAAAAUGGAAAUUCGAAAUAUAAAGGACAGGCGGGAGUAUAUGUCCCACAUUGCAGCGGUGUAACAGAAAGUAAGAACAAAAUGUCACAAGAUUCAAAUAGCAUGGAUGACGAGAAAGCGGGAUUCGGUGUGGCUGCGAACCCAGGGAGAAGAGAUACUCCGCCUCAGCGAAGUGUAGUCAGACGAGCAAUGUCCGACUGUUCCCACCUGUCGGUUCCCACAUUGAAUGCCAAAAUGUACCCCAACAAUACGGGUGGCUCAUCUACAAUGACGUCAAACUUUACUGUGAUGGAAGCAGCAUGUCCGACCAGGGCGCCAUACCCACACAUGGCUGUCCGACGCUCGCUCACAGUCACGGGUAGCACGGAAGCCUCACCUCCAUUAUUGCCAUCAUCCCCACCACCUAAGAGACAUCACGGCAGCUGUGAAACCAACGUUUUGAUUUCUGUUCCCACCCCGGGAGUGAAGGCAGACAAGGACACGCAGGAGAAAACGGAUAAGUUUGACGCGUUCGCCAAGAAAGACGUGGAGCUGGGGAAGAAGGACAACGGCACGGACAAGAACCUUGAUGAAAAGAUUCUCAAAGAUGGAGAAAAGACGGACAAGAUGAAUGCUGAAAAGAACAACAAGGCAAAUGAAAAGGGGGAGAAGACCGACAAGCCGGAGAAGACCAACAAAGAAGAUAAGAAGGAAGAGCAGAAGAAAGACGACAAAGUAGGAAAAGGGCUAACCAAGUCUCCAACAGGCAAUGUCAGCAAGGUCUUACCAACCCCUGAUUGCAAAAACAAGACUGAGGGGGUUUCCAGCAAAACCGAUGCAUCAAAGUCCCGCCCAACCACCCUAUCAACCAAUAGCGAGGUCACCUCGGCCAAACGCCCCUCCCCAACCGCAUCCCCUGCUAAUAAAAAAAGCCCCCCAUCCAAGGCGAGGACCCCAAUGGCAAAGACUCCGGAAAGUGGAGCAGCUGAGAAACGUGCAUCAGUGCCAAAGACCGCUGCUACUCCCAGCAAGACCAGUUCCGCUGCGUCUCCCGGCAACAAAAUUGCUGCAAACAAGAACCACAAGACUGAGAACAAGCCAGCAGAGGCUAAGAAACUCAAACCUACAGCUCGUCCACGUCCGGCCUCCACCACUUCUCCCACGACUUUAGCUAAUGCCGCCAACGGUGAAGCCGCUCCCUUCCACCGCCGCCGGGUUAUCACCAAACCUCCUGUCCCCAAGCAAACCGCUCUGGAAAAGAAGCCAGCAGUGCCCCGUGCUCCUCGAAACAUCCGGCCUCUCAACGCACCAACACCGGACCUGAAGAAUGUCCGUUCCAAGAUCGGGUCCACCGACAACAUGAAGUACCAACCUGGUGGAGGAAAGGUUUCUUCCACACAGAACAACAAGACUUCAGAUCCCUCCAACCCUCCCACCAAGGCCAGAGUUCAGAUAGUGCACAAAAAGCUGGACUUCAGCCAUGUCACUUCUCGCUGUGGCUCCAAGGACAAUAUCAAACAUGUCCCUGGAGGUGGCAAUGUGCAGAUCCUGAACAAGAAGGUUGACCUGAGCAAAGUCACAUCCAAAUGUGGCUCCAAGGACAACAUCAAGCACAAGCCAGGGGGUGGCGAUGUCAAGAUCGAGUCUCAUAAGAUGAACAUUAAGGCGAAGUCCAAGAUCGGAUCUCUGGACAACAUAGGACACAGCGACAGUCAGUCUAACGGACACAAGGAUGAGAAGGCGGAUGAAAAGGCGUCUUCGCACCUGACUAGCACGCCAAGUGCAGGGCCGGAAGGUGUUGCCGUAACCCCGCGAGGCGUUGCCAAGGAAAACGGUGUUAAAGAGUCCACGCCUACUCCUUUCGGGGGUGACGGAUUGAGGGACCCACUUGGUAUGGACAGGCGCAUUGCUGAGAAAAAUUGAAUCUCAGCGAGCCCGAGCUGUCGCCAACUGACCAACCAACCCCCCAGGUCACUUCCCUUUGGCUCCGCCCUCCAUCUCACCUCCAGCUGCACCAAACAGAACGUUGCCACCCUUAGUGUCUCUCCGGGGUCCGCCGGCCGCCAGCACACCAACCCAAACCCUGGAUGCCCCUGGGUUGACCUUUGGCCCUCCCCACUUAGAGAAGAGCACUUGCUGUUUAGUCUGUGAAACUUCCAUCUCCUGGCGUUCCUCAGUAGCACUGGCUUCGAGGACAUCAAUCCCCCCCAACUCCGAAUCCCAAGGCCCGUCUGCGAUAAACGCUUUAUAUAUGCUGAGCUAAACAAUUUUUUCUUCACAUGUAACCUUACUCAAUAAUCCACUAUCCCUAGAACCGGGACCACUUUGUCAUAAGUUCCAUUCUUUUCCGUGUCCUUCACCUUUCCAGACCGCUGAGGUUUCCUUGCAAGCCAGAUCCAGAGCACAAAAUUUCCACUGCUUUAAAUAGACACAUACCCUUUUUAGCCAACAACUAAAGCUCGCUAACACUGGAUUUGCAUCGUCGCUAAUAGGGAUGGGUACCGAACCCAACAGUGCCAUGUUACAGUACCUGGGUUGCGUUCAAUGUCACGGCCGGUUGCUGACUCUCGCACAACGCCAACAAAGAUAUUGACGCAAAAAAAAUGCUCCAACGUAUGUAAAGUACGGCUCUCCUUAGCUUAACUCUAUUAUACAUGCUAGUGAUUAGCAUUAGCCAUUUUACAUGGCGAUAUAAACACCUCCAAAUUUGGUAAUGAAAAUGUUAAGGGAAUAUUUUCCCUCCUUUAAGCAAAAUGGAACGCCUCAGAAUUGGUUUUGCUCGAAGAAGAUGAACACAACGAUCUCACCCCGUUUCUAGUCAAUUUGCACACACACAUAUUAUUCCCUCCAGUUGUAAUGCUGUUAGGGUGCACCAGGUGUGAAGAGUUACUUUGCGGUGGAGAGCGACCAAGAAGGCUUUGGCAUUUAGACAGCUGUUCUCAGCACUGGUAUUGCUAUGGUUUGUAUUGACUCAUUUGUAUAGGACAACGUGUUAAUAUUCAGUUUUAGCAUUAUUUAGAUUUAGAAUAAAAUAACUUGGGAGGACUCUUCUACACAUUGUAAAUAAAAACUACAACUAAGAUGCAUAUUACACCCAGUUUGUAAAUAAAAACUACAACCACAAUGCAUAUUACAACCAAACAGCUGGUACGUAAUAAGUACAAUACUUACAUUAUUAACACUUUUUGGGCCCAUUAAACAGCAAAGGCUGAACUGACUAGCCAACACACCACAAACUAUACAAUACUGCCAUCUAAUGUCUAAGACUUACAAGUAGGAUUCAGAAAUGUUAUAUUAAAACAAUAUAUAAAAACUGUUUAAAUGUUGAAAAAAAUUUUGAUUUUAUUAUCAAACAAUUUAAAAAAGUAUUGAAAAUUGGUACCGUUGAGUACUGGUAUCGAUUCGCAGGUACCAUAUGAUAUCAGUUGAAAUGUGAACGGUACCCAUCCCUGGUCGCUAAUGAGUCCCUUGUGUUUACAUGGCCCAGGUGGGAUUGGUAUCAAUAUACCAAGAGCUCAUAAAAAAGCUUGGUUUAAUGCUGAAGUGUCAUGGAUUAAGGUAGUACCAUGAAAAAGCAAUAGGUCAUUUUAGAAUUCCUUUCAAAACACUUGCAUUGGACCAGGUAUCCACAGUUUUUUCUCCUCCAGUAACUGAAUUCAAGGUUCAGACGUGAACCGGCCCUGAUUUAGCUGCAUUUGACUUGUGUCUCACCUCGGUAUCAAAGCGAUCACCACCGCGCUCCACACAACACAAGACCAUCAGUAACCAGUGGUCUGUGUUUUUAGACAAGCCUUACCCGUAAAUCGCUUUGCGUUUGGUCAGCAUGUCAGCACUGCUGUUACGUAUGCUUGCAUCCUACCGACGAUAGUGCAACACUCGGACUCUCUGGUCACAUGGUUUUAGCACAAGCCCUGUGGAUGUCUCCGAAAGGCAGCAAUGUUUAGCGCUCAUAAGUCGUGUUCAUGGCAUAGUUCAUAAAUUCGCUGUCUCGUCUGAAAUGUUUCGUUUCAGUCUCUCAAGCGAGCGACCCUUGUUGUCUCUGUGUGUAAAAUAGUGACACACUUCUCUACUAACGUGUCUUAUGAAAUGGUCUCCGUGGAAUGUGUUAUUGCGAGUACACACAAACAGAUCCCUCCAAAGUAGGCAGAGUCCAAACAAAUCAGGGCCCAUAUUCCUAAAGAUUUGGAAAAACGUCUCAGAGAGCUCCAGACCUAAACUAUGAAUUCCUAGCGAGGAGUCUUAGCUUAGGAGUGAUUCCAGAACAUUCUCAGAGAACCCCCUAGCAAGGAAUGGACAAAAACAUAAUGAGGAGGUGCGGUUCACCCCGUUGGUAGGUAUAAAUCAUAAUUUUAAAAGCUAUGAUUGGUUGAUCCUAAAAGCUUGAUAGUGGUUAUAACGGGGAAAGGUUGGACCCUCAAAUCGAUAAACGUAAUCAUAUACGUAUUUUGUGGCAGCACCGGACUGUAAGUUGCAGAUACAUACCGAUAUGAAAUAUUUUGUAAAUGUUUAUUUACGUACCUUAAAUGUUUCCAAAUGGUGUCUGAUCAAACAAAACAGAAGUCAAGCCAGCUCUCUAAUCAGCUAAACAGACUCAAUAACUCCACAGUGACGUUUUGGUGAAUUUACUGAUGAAUCUGUGAAACUGAAACAAUACAAAAAUAAUGCCAUUGUAAGUUAAUAAUACUAAUAGACACUCGUAAACGUGUUAGCAUAUUAAUUAAUGCUAACACCGCAAGCAUUAUGUUAUGAUUGCAUGUACAAAUUUGCAUGAAAACACUCCCACAGGCAUCACACAUGGGAUGGUUUAGUAAGUAAGAAUUGUUUUAGUUAUAUUUAAAAAUUGCAAAUGUUGCUUGUAGUGAUGAAUGAAGAAUCCUUUUGAGCAGAAAACGCUUUGGACAGUUUUACUUCCGGUUUGAGGCAUUAAAAAGGAAGUACAUUUUCAACCCGCAAUACCUGUAGUGAGCGAACCCAUCCAAAAGAUGGCGCCAUAGCACAAACAAUAACACACUUUCUGUCCCGUGCUUGGGUUUAAUAAAAACUAUUGAACACAAAACAUCAUGGCCGUUGGCGAAACAAUCCAUAAAUUAACUGCAUCGUUUUAUAAGCCGCUGGGUUCAAAGUGUAGGAAAAAAGUAGCGGCUCAAAGUCCAAAAUUAGCUAUAUGUUAACAAUUAACACAUAACUUUAGCAAUUAUACACUAUCACGCAUGUAAAUAACAUUUAUUUACAAAAGGAAGUAAAACAGACUCAAUAACUUCACAGUCAUAUUUUGCUGAAUUUACUGAGGAAUUUGUGAAAGUGAAACAAUACAAAAAGAAUGCCAUUGUAAGUUAAUAAUACUAACACAUACACUUGCAAACGUGUUAGCAUAUUAGUUAAUGCUACUACUGCAAGCAUCAUUACAUUACGAUAGUAGGUACAAAUGUGCAUGAAAACACUCCUACAGAGAUCACACAGGAUGGUUUAGUAAGUAAGAAUUGUUUUAGUUAUGUUGAUAAACUAACAAACGCUGCUUAGAGUGAUGCAUGAAGUAUCCAUACGAGUAGAAACGCUAUGGGCGGAUAGAAGCCAAAAGGCCCUCCAAUUGGAAAAAAUUCAAAAACAAAGCACGACUCAAAAUGGAAGGACACCAGCAGUGAGCGAACUCAUCCAUAAAGUAGCGGCAUAGCACAAACUAAACAGCUUCUAGCGGUAUUUCUUUUUUUUUUUUUUUUUUUUUUUAAACUAUUUUUAUUAUGGCUGUUAUCGGGAAAAUUUCACAAAUUAGCUGCACUGUUUUAUAAGCCGCAGGGUUCAAAAUGGAAGAAAAAAGUAGCGUAUUACAGUCCGAGAAGCAGCGUUGCUUGGCUUUCAUUUCAGGCUAUAUGGGAUAAGUCGCUUAAAAGUCAUCUUCCCUGCUCUUAACAGAUUCUUUAGGAAUAGCUUAUAUCCGUAUUAAGAUUUACUCCUCACUUCUCGGGGAAAUUCUAAGAGAACAUCAUGAUUCUAAGAAUCCUUAAGAAUACGGCCCCUGGUCAGGUUAAACAGGUUAAAAGGGUAUAUUUGUUAUUUAAUCCAAGUUGUCAUUUAAUAUUAGUGCAAUAAUGUUUUGGAUUUAAUUUGCAACUAUGAUCAGUUGCGUUAAAAAAAACAGUACUGCUCUAAGCACAUGAAAUUCACAGUAAUGUGGUUCUUUGUAUUUUUACUAGCCUAGUUUGGAGUGUAAAUACACGGAAGCCGGUUGUUGUUUUUUUGGUAGAUGCUCUUUUUAAGCGCGUUUGCUUAGCUUAAACAAUGAGGAGGACUUUGCGUCUUUUAAUGUUGUUUGUUUUGUAUAACAAAGUGGAGAAGAAGUUAUUACUUUUAAGCAAAACUAUUUCGGAAUGACACCAAUAAGUAUCAACUCAUCAUGAAUGCCAUGAACAGAAUUUUGGCACAGAUAGUCUGCAGAUGCUGUAAUAUUACACGAUACGGUACUUUUUGCCCUUUUAAGUAAUUUUUGUGCUUUAUUUUAGGCUAUGAGUCCAGGGUGUACCCCGCCUUCCGCCCGAUUGUAGCUGAGAUAGGCGCCAGCGCCCCCCGCGACCCCUAAAAGGGAAUAAGUGGUAGAAAAUGGAUGGAUGGAGUUUGAUUGGUUUGCCCAAUGGAAAUCUUUUUUUUUAUGAGGGUUUUUUUCUUGGUCAAAUUGUGUUUUAAAUGAUUUCAUGUAGAAACAAUACACUAGGAAGUGAUUUUGGCCCAGUUAAGUGCUGCCACAAAGAAAAUGUCCUCAGAGUUGUAUAGGAAAACAUUUCCAUUUAGACGUUGUUUUAGUCGGAACGAACCUCACAUCCUGUGCUUUUAUUUUAGUCUUUCAGUUAAACCUAACGUGAUGCUUUAGCUCUGCUACAAAUGUGUACUGUCACUUUUGAGAUUCUCAAAAAUAAAUCUAGAGACAAUUUUGUUUGACUGCUUGAUCAGGAAACUUUCCAAUAUAAAUUAUUUGUAUUAUAUAUUUUUUCUCACUUUUUUGCUCAAAUCUCUUGAUCAAUUUCCGUCCUAAAUAAAAUAUAGCAAAUACGUAUUGUUCCAUUUAAUUCCAAACAGAAACGAUGACAUACUGUUAAAUUUUUUUACAAAAUGAAACCCUGAAUUCAGAAAAUGCAUGAUUAUAUUGAAGGAAAGACUGUACAGUAGCACAUUUUUGUCCUAAUGGUCCAUUUUUUUUGACCCAUGAGACUAAACUGCUAUUAAGUUUGGAAUCUGAAACUGCAAAAUAUUUUUUUUAAAUGCCUCAAAAGUCGUUUUAUUACUAAUCAUAUGUAAUGAUCAGUUGUGUUCAAAAGGUGGGGCGGGGCUCCACUGGGUUCAAAUGUGUUAUAUAUUAUUCUCUUGAGUUAUUAUUGCUGAUCAAUUGAAGUUUUAUAUUAUUUAUGGAAUUUAUUUGAUUGUAUUUUUUUAGUAUCAAAUAGCUCAAGCUGGUGAAAAAAUGUUAAUGUCUAAAUAAGGAUUUUCAUUUCAGGUAAAUUGAUGCACUUUAAAUAUUUUCUGUUACAGACUAAAAAACAAUGUUUAUAGUGCUAUUCUUUGUUGUAAGUUGAUCCAUAUAUCUUUAUUUUUUGUUUUCUUUAUUUGUUAAUACGGGUACAAUGUUAUGCAGAGGUGUACUUAUAACAGUUUAUAAAAAAGAUUAUACUGUUUAUAGUCGUGGCGGAGGAGGCUUAACAGAAAAUUACUGAUAAGCACUGAUUUAGGUCGAUCUUUAACUCAGCCUUUAACGUUUAACAUAUACAUAACUCAUUUUAUGCACAUUUUUCAAAAUACAUGACAUUAUUAGUUCAAUUUGAUAUUCAAAGGGUUAAAAAAAAAUGACAUGUAUUUUUACUAAAGACAAAAAUGGAUUUAGAGAUUUGAGAAAAAAAAGUAGGAAAAAAUUAGAUUUUCAAAAAUGUAUUCUGAGAACCUUUUUGUCCUGGUGGCACUUGACUGCUAUUAAAUGAUGUAUACCCCCAAAGGGUUAAUGUGUGUUUGGUUCUGAGAAAAAUUAUUGAGCAAAACUCAAACUAAAAUUGUGAUUUUUGCUGAAGAAUGUGCACCAUUUACAACAUCUUGAUAUUUUAGGUUUAGAACAGGGGUGUCCAGACUUUGACCCGAGACGUCACAAGCUUAAUAAGAAACCUAGGCAGCAGGAGGCCUCCAAUUUAAUCUUAAAUAUCUGACUGUAUAAUUGCCGCUAAUUUGCCUCCAACUUGUAGACUACAUGAGUAAUUCAGGCUAAUGACCAUAAACUUCACAUUGAAGUGUACACCGCACAGCAUGUUUGUAUAUGACCCAAUCCAAGCAACCUUUCCCACUCAUGGCACAAAAAAACCCACACAGAAAGUCAACACACACACACACAUGCUCCCUGAACUUUGUGGAUGUUGUAAAAAAAAACAAAAAAAAACAUAUAUAUAUAUAUAUAUAUAUAUAUAUAUAUAUAUAUAUAUAUAUACACACAAAUGUAUAUUUAGUUUGGACACCCCUGGUUUAGAAUAACACUGUGAUAUACCAAUUGUACAGUUCAAGGUUAAUGUAUCAUCUCCAUACGGAAAAUGCCUUUAGUUUAUCAAUUUCUAUGCAUCAUACUGUAAGUCUGCGAUGGUCUGCAAUUGAGCAGUCAAGGUUUUUUUGAGGUUUUUGUUGCCGAAUAGUUGUCAGAUGUGUGAAGUGUUGCCUCUGCACCCCAUCACGUAGAGAGCGCUGCUUAGCCCCCGGAGCACUGAUAGUCUGGCUGUGAAACUCUGAAGGCCGUCUCAGAAAGGCUGCAUGUUGUUCUGCGUGUGUCUGGUCCAUGAAAUGUUAUAUCUGUUAUAUCUACAGUUACCCUGGAAAUGCCGCUUUGAAACAGUCCUGUUCAUUUAUCGAGGUGGUGUAAAUGUCGCUUUACUCUGUAUCGGUUCAAAUGGAAAAGUGUGUACUGUACAUCCGUGCUUUUGGCAGCCGACAUCAGUAGUGAUUCGUCAACAAUAAAGACAAAGUAAAAGCAG